UAGUUUUAAGAAACCCAACAAGAAAAAUGUGUGGAGGAGCAAUUAUUUCCGAUUUCGUUGCCGUGAGUCAUGGCCGGAAUCUGACUGCCGAUGGCCUUUGGUCUGAACUCGACUUCUUCUCCGACCUCCUAGGUUUGGACAACAAUGGCAACAGCAACAACAACAAGCGGAUGGAUCCUAAAGGCAAUCAACUUAACAAAGAGAAAGUUGAGAAGACUCAGCGAACUCGGAAGAGUGUUUACAGGGGAAUCAGGCAAAGGCCAUGGGGUAAAUGGGCAGCCGAGAUUAGAGACCCUCAUAAAGGCGUCCGAGUUUGGUUCGGUACCUACAACACAGCCGAAGAAGCGGGUCGAGCCUACGAUGAAGCCGCUAAGCGCAUUCGUGGUAACAAAGCCAAGCUCAACUUCCCUCAAGCUCAAGCCGAAGAAGCACCACCAGCCCUCACUCAGCCACCUGCUAAGAAAAGGUACAUGGGCCCUGAGUUCACUCAGCCGAAUUUCGAGAGAACCACCGAUUCACUACCACCACCACCGCCACCACCUUAUCCUAUGGGUUUUGGGUAUGGAAGUGAAGCUUAUAGGCCGGUUAUAGUGGAGGAGAGUGAGUUGGAGCUGAAAGAGCAAAUCUCGAGUUUGGAAUCUUUCCUUGGUUUAGAGCAUGAUAAUGAGAUUACUACGACUCAGAUGAGUGAAAACGGUGGGAGUGGGACUGACUCACUGGAGCUUUGGACGCUUGAUGACCUCGUGACACAGUAUCAGCUACAGCACUAG